UUUUGUGCUAUUAAUUAAUUGAAUAAUAAUAGUAAUAAUAAUAAUAAAAAUAAUAUAAUGAUACGUAUGAGAAAGAACAGGUUUCGUUUCAUUAUAAGAGAGGUAAGAGAGAUUGUUUUAAUACUAAAUUAUAAUAUAUUUCAAAUAAUCAGAGAUAAUAAUCUUUUUUUUCAUCUUCACAGUUGUCUGUAAAGAUGUUAUAUACACACACAUAUAUAUAUAUAUAUAUAUAUAAACACACACACGUGAACACAUCAAAAUAAGUUCCAUCAAUAACGAAAUAGAUCAUCAUCUAAUGCAAUAUUUCAAAUGUAAUUUGUUAAUCCUCCUUUCCCUUUGACACACAUAUUCAAUGUCCACGUUUGUAUAAUUUAGGUAUUAUAGUAUAGUAUAAAAUAGUAUAGCAUAAUAGACGGUAUUUCAUUUUCUAAAUAGAUAUUUUUAAAAAUUAAACAAUUGUAUAUGUAUAAAAAAAAAAAAAAAUUCUUUUAUUCGACGUAAAAGUACUUAUAUUCUUAUUAGAAAGAAAAAGAAAAUAAAAAAAUUCUAAUACUAAAUGCCAACGAAAAGGUCAACAAGAAUAUUCGCACGACCGAGUGGCGCUCCUGUGAUUCGUGAAACUUCAGCCACGCAUUCCAAUAUUCUAAAGUCGUUCAGUCGCUUAAGUUACUCUCAACGAAUCAGAUCGUAUUCUCGUGAAAUGUGACAAUAUUUCAAUCGUAAAUAUUUGAGUAUAAAGUUAUCUCGAAAAAAAAGAAAAAACCAUACACAUACACAACAUACAUUUAUUUACAUUUUUUUGUCAACUUAUUUGUACAUAAAAAUUAAUUCGUAAAAAUCUUGAUUCAUAGUGAAAGUAUUAAAAAUUAUGAUCGAUUAAUUGAGAAGAGUAAACAAUCGGUUUUACUAACAAACAAUUGUUAUUUUAAUGUACACAAUAUUUCAAAAGGGCUGUAAUAUCAAAUAAAAAAUAGAAAGGGGAGAAUGUUUGAACAGUCGUGUUUUCACAACGAGUUAAAGUACGACGAGGCUUGUGUUAAAUUAAAAAAUAAAGAUGGAUCUAAUGCAUGGCUUUAUGCACUUUCAUCUGAUUGCGUUUCCUGUCCUUACAGUCGAGUAUCUCCAAUUUCAACCGUGAAUUAUAGUAUAAAAUUUAAUACUGCUAGAUCUAUGAAAUUGGCAGUACUGAACGUCGAUGGUUUUAACGAAUAUAUAUCUGAAAAAAAUAUCAGUAAUGCGAUAUGCAAACUUUCACCGAAUUUAGGAGAAUAUGGAAGUUACGAAUUAUUACUUCGAAAUGAUAGUUGUUUUUUUAACACCGUUAUACGACCAACCAAUUCUUACAUCACUCUCCUCAUUGUUUUUGGUAUAAUAGUAUGCUUUCUAAUUGGAAUUUCUAUGUCGAGACAAAUAUGGCAAUUGAUCCAAGAAAAGUGUAUGAAACGAACCGAUAAUCAGACCACCAACGAUGCUGCAAAAAAACGUAGAGUGAAAUCUAUCGACACCUUUAGAGGAAUCAGCAUAUUAUUUAUGAUCUUCGUUAAUAACGGUGCUGGAGGAUAUUAUCUACUUCAGCAUGCAACUUGGAAUGGUUUAUUAAUAGGAGACUUGGUUUUUCCAUGUUUCAUGUGGAUUAUGGGAGUUUGUAUUCCUAUAGCCAUAUCCUCGCAAUUAUCACGCGGUAUUUCGAAAAUAGAAAUUUCUUUAAACAUUUUGAAGAGAAGCGUGAUGCUAUUUUUUAUUGGUGUUGCAUUAAACACAGUAGACAGUGUAUCACAGUUAGAAAAUAUUCGAAUAUUUGGUGUAUUGCAAAGAUUUGGUUUAGCUUAUUUAAUCGUUGCUUCGAUGUUUCUAUUUUUAACACCUAGAAAGCCUAAAAAAAUUCAGAAUUUGUUGCAUCAACGAUUAAGAGAUGUAUCUAUGUUGUUACCACAAUGGAUCAUGGUAGUAGGUAUCGUCGUAGUACACUGCUUGUUAACAUUCAAACUUUCAGUACCAGGAUGUCCCACUGGUUAUCUUGGCCCUGGUGGACGUCACGAAGAUGGAAAGUAUAUGAAUUGUACAGGUGGUGCUGCUGGAUAUAUAGACGACUUAAUUCUAACACCUAAACACAUAUACCAAAACUUGAUGAUAGUUUCGGUUUAUGGAUCUAAACCUUUCGAUCCUGAGGGUAUUUUAGGUUGUUUGACAACGAUAUUUCAAGUAUUUCUGGGUGUCCAGGCAGGACAAAUUUUAUUGUGCUAUAAAGAUUGGAAGGACAGGGUUAUAAGAUGGCUCUUAUGGGCGGUAUUUUUAGCUAUCGUAGGAUUUCUCGCGCACGUUUACGUCAUACCCGUAAAUAAAAAUUUAUGGUCGCUAUCUUUUGCACUGGUAACAACAGCUUUUGCGCUUGGACUCUUAUCAGCUUGUUACUUGCUCGUCGAUGUUGCUAGAAUAUGGAGAGGUGGUCCUUUUCGAAUACCUGGAAUGAACGCUCUGUUAAUGUACAUCGGUCAUGAAUUGUGUUAUCAAAUCUUUCCAUUCCAUUGGCGUAUCGGUAACAUGCAUAGUCGUACUUUAGUAUUGGUAGAAGCUAUUUGGGGUAUUGUACUCUGGACUUGCAUAGCUUACAUUAUGCAUCGUAAACGAACGUACAUUACUUUGUGAACGUAAUUUGAUUAGAACAUUUAUUCGGGUUUCGGGGUACAAUGAUAGAUUUUCUU